UCCCCAGCCGCCAUAAAAUUAUGGCUGGGGACGGGCACGCCCAUCUACUAAGCAACAUCAUGGAUCAGAGAACUCCUCUGCUUGGUCUGGAGGGGGGUGGGCGACCGUCUGCAGCUGCAGAUGGUCCACAAAGCAUCAUGAAUAAGAAGACUCUGGUGGGGAAUGGGCGACCGUCAGCUCCACCUGCAGCUGCAGCUGGUCCACAAAGCAUCAUGAAUAAGAAGACUCUGGUGGGAAGUGGGCGACCGUCAGCUCCACCUGCAGUUGGAGGGGCCCCCUCAGCACCCCCACCCCCCUACCCCGGCCGAGGGGGUUAUGGGGGUGUAGUCUCAGAACAGAGAUUUGCACCACCUUAUGGCGUCGCUAAUCAGAUUGGUGUGAAGCCACCUAACUAUACGGCCCUCAACUUUUUUACCGUAUUAUUCUGCUCUUGCUGUGGCGGUUUCUUGUGUGGAUUAAAUGGACUCCUAAUGGGAGAACAAUGCAGGUAAAAUCAGGAGUGCACUCUUCGUGGAGGUAAAAGCAGCAAGAAGUGAAAGGUCAUAGCAUGUGGACUGUUUCAGGACCAAGAACGAACUAUACAUGUACAAGAAUUGCUUGGCCUGAUCUCUAUAAGCACAAGCAUUAGUCUGCCUACAGUAACAAUGUCAUUCCGAGCGAAGCGAGGCGGAGGACGUUGUCAAACACUUCCAUUCUUUUCAGUGCAUAGGCUUGAUCUGGUUAACGUUGCUGCAUACUUAUACUCAUUUACAAUCCAUGCCAAACAAAACCGCUGUUAUAUUGAGGUGUAAUUCAAAGAGCCGCUAUAAUAGCGUGAGUCCACGGUAUAAGUUAGUGUAUAUAUACAAAGCUACUGGUGUUCUAUAAAUAAAGCCAAACUUGAUUGGUUCAGUGUUUUGUGGACUUUUUCUGCAGGUUAUGUAUGGAGAGACAAAAAGUGGAUAGAAAGGUCAUGUAGCGGAGUUGGCAACCUCAGUCCAAGAACUAGCCAAAAGCAUACAAAUGGCAACUGAUUCCUCUAGCUAGAAUGACUGUUUUUGAUUCCUGAUCUGCCCAUCUUAGUGUGUGCCGCGCAUGCGCAACUACAAUCAGUAAUUAAAUUCACGACCAUGCGAGGAGCGUUUGUCUUAGCCUCGGUCCCAGGCCGAUUUUUUUUAAUAGAACGAAGAAAACCUAGCGUUCAAUUGGAGACGGAUCGGCCUGGGGUAGAGGCUAGGUUUGUCUAAGUUCAACGUGUUUGAUGCACUUCCUUCAUUAGCCUCCUUCACAAGGCCUAAUUAUUAGGCCUGCUACUGACUGCUUGCGCAUGCGCAAAAUUAUUGGAUAAUAUUCCCGUAAUGUAAACUGAAUUUUUACCCGAAUUAUAUCCUGAAUAACAUAAUUACUAUAAUUAUAGACGAAGAAUACUCUUCAUAUUAAAAGUCAGACACAGAGCUAUAUAGCUAGCUAGCUAGAGACAGAGCUGUAUUGGUUACAGCAGCAAUUUCUUUCUUUCACCAAGGUUAGUGUCAGAUGGGCGUGGCCUAUCCAUAUAGGCUAUUGUCAGCCUUCCCCUCCGUUCAGAGGAUUGUUAUCCACACUGUUGCAGGCUGUGAGUCUUUUGUUAACAUAGUAGGCUAAUGGUAGCUAUUAGAAUGCUAUCACACGGGCUAGAAACCUUCUAUCCACUUCCGUUCGUUGUGACGUCAUGGUUUUACUGAGCAUUAUACGAUGAUAUCCUAUGGGGUGCCGUUUGUGUCAAAAUGCUGAUUUUAUCCACUUAUGCAGAAGUACACUGACUUAUACAC